AUGAAAUGGGCCAAAUGUACUGUACUCGAAACAGGUGUUGGAAAGAUCCACAUCGUCCGAAUCGAUCACAUCGGAGACACUUAUGUGAAUCUCAGUUGGGUUUUGGAAUGUUCUGAAUUAAUGGGCGUGAUUACCUCAUUCAAAAUUUACUACUGUGUUCUAACUUCACCUGAUGGUUAUUGCGAAGGUCCCAAAAUGAACGAAACAAUUCUGCCCAAGGAGGAAUACAUGUCGGCUACAAUAACCGGACUUAAACCGUAUACGACGUAUCAAGUUAAUGUUUCUGUGGUUUCGCAUAAGAAAGAAGGUUUGCCGAGCAAUCCUAAAUAUUUGACAACCCUUGAAGCAGGUUUCUCAGGUAAAUUCCUGGCAAGAAAUCCUCAUACCUGGCAAAGGUUUUUGACACCUUGCAGGAUUUUUAAAUUUAUACCUAGUUUUAUCAUGGACAAAAUACUGAAGUUUGGGAUUGUGUUGGUGGUUUUGUUAUUUUUGCUGUUGGAUUUGGUGAGUGCUGAUUCUACGAAAUGUGCAGGAGGACUUGCAGGGACCACUCCUGGUUAUACAAUUCCAUCAGGAGACUUCACCAAACAGUACGGUGAAAGCCUUUCAAUAAAAUGCGUGAUAGACCUGGCGCUGGCGCAAGGUCUAAAUUCAAGUCACAUAAUUUUCGCAAACGGUUCUAAGGAUCUUCCUCGAAAUCUAACCAGGAUAAUAGACGAAAGGACAGCCGAACUGUUCAUCGAGAAACCUAAACCUCUGAACCAGAUGUUCUAUUGCAAAUUAAAGAACCCGGACACGGGGUCUGAUAUAUCUGUUUGCAUGAAUUUCGUCACUAUAGGAACACCGCCACAAGAUCCUGAUGACUUCCAUUGCGUUUCUCACAACUGGGACAAUUUGUUGUGCGAGUUUCACCCGAAGGAAAAUUAUAUACAAACGAAUUACAGUUUGCAGUUUUAUUUGCCGACGACCAAAAACAAGAUACGAUCAAAUUGCACAAACAUGCAAGACAACGAGGACAGAAAAACCAAGUCCUGUUUUUGGGAUCUAGGAACUCGUUUCCAAUAUCGACAGCAAUAUGAAUAUUAUACUUUUAUCCUGACGAUGAGCAAUAAAUUCGGCAGGAAUAAAUACGAGUAUAAUUUCUCUCAUUAUGAAAAUGUUAUACCAGCCAAGGCAAGUUUUUUGGAGAUCAGAGACAAAAAAGAGCACAGUGCCCUGGUUGUUUGGAACGUGACGAGACCUUUGAAUACUUUUCCAAAAGGACUGCAUCAUAUGAUAAAAUACACUUCUCAAUACGAAAAUAGCACCACACAGUGGAAGACCUUAAAAUACGCCUACACAUUGUACGAAGUACGAGUCCAAAUAAAAUCUGCAGUAGCUCCAAAUGAAACCAGCAAAUGGUCCGAGUACAGAUCAGUGUUCUUCAAAACUUUACCAGAAAAGCCUUCUAGGCCGCCAAAUACAGUCAUAAGCAGUUACGAAGUGGUCAACAAGAUUGGAAUGAGGGAUGUCAUUAUUUAUUGGCAGACUUUGGAGGAGUAUGAGAAGAAUGGAAGGGACUUCAAGUAUAGUGUGCAGAUUAGCGAAAAUGGACGAAUGCUGCCCAGGCUACCCGACAGAAUCCAAAAACAACUAUGCAAACUUCACAAUUUGGACCUGGACAAAGAAUACGAAUUUUCAUUGACUUCGGUUAACGAAAAAGGAAAAUCUGAUAACAGUUCCUUGAUCCACGUGCCGAGAUCAGAUAGAAGUUAUUCUACAAUUCCGUACGAAUUAUAA